UGUGGAAUCCGGGUUCCGGUUACCUCCCGACCCUAAUUCUUCCUCGGUCAGAGCAAGAAGGGAUUCGAAGCCCCGUCUCUCAAGCAGCCCCGCGAGAAGGCGAUGAUCGUGCGCACUUACGCCCGGAGAGCCGCCCGCUGCGGCGCCGGCCGCACCUCCUCCGACCCCAUCCUCCUCGACUCAUCCGACGCCGACGGGGAACCCGAUUCCGCCGCCGGAGAGCUUCUCGACCUUCCCUUCUCCCAGGACAGCUCCCAUGGCCGCCACGCGCACGCGCACGCUGCAUUCUCCUCUCAAGAUUCCUCCUCCCCUUGGUCCCUGAACCCCUUCGACCUCCCCGACAACCCCCCGACUCUCGCCCCUUCCCUCUUUUCCCCGUCCCUCGUACCGCCGAACGAGCCGCACGGAUCGGACGGUACCAGGACGGGAAGGCGCGGGGCAGAGAGGGAUCUGGCGUCGGCGGUGACGACGGCGACGCUGAUGGAGGCGCAGGAGUUCGGGGAGAUGAUGGAGCACGUCGACGAGGUGAACUUCGCGUUGGAUGGUUUGCGGCCAGGCCAUCCGGUGAGGGUCCAGCGUGCGAGCUUGCUGUCAUUGCUGUCAGCCUGCGAGACUGCGCAGCAAAGGCGACUUCUCCGGGUGCAGGGGAUGGCCAAGAGAAUAAUUGAUGCCAUUUUGGGUCUAAAUUUAGAUGAUUCUCCAAGUACAGUUGCUGCUGCUGCUCUGUUCUACGUCUUGGCAAGUGAUGUUCAAGAUGAUAAUUUGCUGGAUACACCAUCUUGUAUUGGCUUUCUUCUUAAGUUAUUGAAACCAACAGUUCCUUGUGUCAACAGAGACAAAGCCGCAAGUUUUGGAUCUAAACUUCUUGGGAAACGCAAGCCUCAAGUUGUAGGGAGUUCAUAUAAAGGAUUAGAUUCCACUGCGAAGGCCAUCGUUUCAAAAGUUUCAGAAAUUCUUUUAAGUUGUAAAGAGAUAAAAGCAGGCCAUGGGAAUGAUGAAGCAACAGAGAGGCCAGAGCUGAGCCCCAAAUGGAUAGCAUUAUUGACCAUUGAAAAAGCAUGUUUAUCUACUGUAUCAUUUGAAGACACGUGUGAUAUGGUGAAAAUGCCUGGGCGAGAAUUUAAAGAAAAGUUGAGAGAGCUUGGUGGACUUGAUGCAAUCUUUGAUGUUCUUGCUAGUUGCCACUCCACCUUGGAGACAUGGCACAGCUCAUCAUUGUUGUCACAUUCUAAAGAUGAAUCAGUGUUGCAAAGUAUGCUACUUCUCUUAAAAUGUUUGAAAAUUAUGGAGAAUGCAACAUUCUUAAGUAAGGAUAAUCAGAGUCAUUUACUUGAGAUGAAACACAAGUCGAACUAUGGUGGCGUACAACUUUCUUUUGUUGGGGUCAUCAUCAGUGCCAUUAAGUUAUUUUCAGAUUUUUCUUUGCUCCAGGGUAAAUUCAGCAUUUCAAACAAAGAGAAGUUAAUUUCUGAAUAUCAGAGUCUUCAAGUGAACCAAGAACUGAAAGAUAACAGUGAUGAGCCACCAGAUAGUUAUUAUGCUGGGUGUUCUGGUGUUGACAGGGAGUCUGAAGUGAACAUCAUAAAGAUAUGUCAUAAACGACAGAAAUCAUCUUAUACCCAAUUAGAAGUUUCUCAUUCUGGUUCAGAAAUGGCAAUUGAUUUUUCCGCCUCUGUUUCAUAUGAUGUAAUUAAUAGAUCUAUUGGAGGUGGCUGUAUGAAUGGUAAUACUUUGAAGGCAAAAGUUAAUUCUAGUGGUUCGAAGAUGAAUUCUUUUAGGAUUUCAAAUCGAUGGAUCUCUAUAAAAUCCAAUGGUGCAACAAUGAGCUCUGAUAGCAUGUCUAGAAGACCUCAUAUGCCAAAAGAUGAUAAAGGCAAUUGUGAAAUGGACAUAAAUGAUCCUUUUGCAUUUGAUGAAGGUGACUUAAAACCUUCCAAAUGGGAAUUGUUGGCAAAGAAGAAAACGAAAACUCAGGAUCAUGAAGGUGAUUUACCAAAUAAAGAACUUUUGGAUGGGUGUGAACUCCCAAUAAUUACUACAGAUGAUGUUUUGAGUCAAUUAACAAAUGAAGAAAAUCACAAGAAUUGUGCAAAGUCUCAUCCAUCAGGAAUUGAUGAAGAUUCAAGCCUUGCGGAAGACUGUCUCCUCACUUCAGUGAAGGUUCUGAUGAACUUAACAAAUGACAACUCUGUAGGGUGUCAGCAAAUUGCUGCAUGUGGUGGACUGCAUACUAUGGUUUCUUUAAUAGUUAGCCAUUUUCCAUCAUUUGACUGUUCGUUUCAAACAAACAGCAAAGUGAACGAGAGCACCUUAUCUACCAACCAACAUAACAGUAACUGCCAUCUGAACAACAGACAUCUCAGUGAUCAUGAAUUGGAUUUAUUGGUAGCUAUAUUGGGCUUGCUUGUGAACCUAGUGGAGAAGGAUAGUCAAAACAGAUCACGUCUUGCAGCAGCUCGUGUUUCAGUAAGUCGACCAGGAAAAUCAGUCAACAUGGAGCCACAAAGGGAUGCAAUUCCAUUGUUGUGCUCCAUAUUUAUGGAAAAUCAAGGAAAUGGGGAGGCUAAAGACGAAAAACCUUCUCUAUGUGAUGAUGAAGAGUCAUUGUUGGAAGGAGCACGGGAGGCUGAAAUGAUGAUCAUUGAAGCUUAUGCAGCUCUUUUGCUCGGGUUUCUGUCAACAGAAAGUUCUAAACUUCGCCAAGCUAUUGCCAACUGCCUUCCAAAUCGGAACUUGCAUGCUCUAGUUCCUGUUCUAGAAAGAUUUGUGGCAUUUCAUGUGUCGCUAAACAUGAUAUCACCGGACACUCAUUCAGCAGUUGUCAAAGUAAUCGAAUCUUGUAAAAGACCAUAGAUGAAAGAUACUGUACAGUAACUAUUGGUCUCUAGUAGGAUGUGGAAGAGUCUUGGGGAAGCUGCUCUCUGCUUUCGGCUCUCGUAAGACUAACAGCCAUUUGUAUCCUUAUUUUUUUUGACCAGUUUUUCUUUCUAUUUUCUUUACUUUCCUUUGUUUUUUUUUUUUUCGAGUUUUAUAUGAUUUUUCUCCCCCUUCAUGCUAUCACCACUGUAUCGUAUAUGCCGAGGUGCCUGCUGAUUGUAUAAUAAAUAUCACAAGGUGCAAUGUUAUAUCUGUUCCUGUCGAUGCAAGUAUUAAAAGAUGGAAAUAAGCUGAGUACAAAAGAUUUGAUCCCAAGAGGUGAAUGCAUUGCGAGUGUUAUAGUA